CAAAAAAGAAAAUAAUCCCAGUUUUCCACUUUAUUUAUUAAAUAAGAAACUAUGGUAUAAAUCUUAAUCGAGGCCUACGCACAUCCAUGUUUUCCCUUGGAAGGAGCGCUUUGAGGCGCCCAGUGGUCAAUUGCUCAAUUUGCUUAAAAAACAUUUUGACCACUAACUUAUCCUGCAACAGUACACCUGAAACUGCAUCCAAACCCCAGGACCAGAAAACAUUGAAGUUUCGAAAUAAGCUGCUUCCGAAAUAAGGACCAAGACUGAGGAGCAACUGAUGGUACUUCCCAAUACGACGCGAUCCGGGCAUACCUAAAAGAACUGGACAUAACCGAGAAAGUCUGGAUAGGACUCUCGAAACCGCAAGAAAAACCGAAUUUCCUAUGGACAGAUUUCCGUCCUUUAUCCGGGGAAGGCCAUUGGCAGGAAUCCAUACCAGCAGGAGACAGUCAGUCGCUUUGUGCCAUAAUGGAUCCUGCCGCGGACUUUUUAUGGCGAGCCUUACCCUGCGGCGGACCAGAGGUUGCCGCUUUUAUUUGCGAGUUAUCCAUACCGUCGUGGGCAGUGGGUCCCAGAGGAUGCCUCCUCACCGAAUUGCCCUCUUUGACCGUCCUCUACAUCCCGGAACAAUCGGCAUUGGAGCUGACGUCCGACUGUGGUCUGGACGGCACAAAGAGAAUCGCUUGCAAAGGAAAUGCGGAUCAUGAAAAGAUGCUGAAAGAACUGAGGUGCGUGAUCCCGGAGGACCUGCAAGAUCCCUCGGGAUCCGACGAGAAAACGGCGGCGAAACCCUCGACCGCCUCCGACUACGAGACGACGACGUUCGAUGAGGAUUUCGUCAGCGAGUCGGGCAGGACCACGAAAAGUUGGACCUCGAACACGAUUAAUUCGGACGUCGGGACGCCGACGCGUCAUCGUCGCGAAACCGAGGACACCCUCAGUCCCGUCGUGUCUACCAAGAGCAGUUUCAAACAGACUUCCGAAGCUGACUUAUCUUGGCACCAGGAUAAGACGAUCCUGACAACUUCACCAUCAUCUGGAGAAAACCAGUUUGACCCCACCUCGGUCGGCGGCAACGUGAACUUUGACACAUCCACCCACGUUACCGCGGUACCUGCUGACACUACGAAAGAAACGAAAAACCAGUUUGCAACCACGACACAACCAAGUGCCUCCACCCUCCACUCCAUCCCCUUGGCUACCACCGCAAGGGCUACUGCCACAAAAGAGAAAAACAUUACCAUCACCACUCAGUCAGCAAACAUCGACGACUAUCCGAGCGCCAUCAAUCAAGGCCAAUUAUUCAGCAUCAUAGAGAACGGUACAAUGUUUGACAUAAUCGAGCUGAACGAAACCGAACAAGAAGCGAACAAACCUAAACAGGAAUCAACCACCAGCGUCCCAACCAAAAAACCUGGAUCGACCAAAAAACCUAUCCGACCCACCAAGAAAGCCAUUAAACUAUUGACCACCACUGCAAAACCCAUUCAGAACGUGGACGAACUAGAAGAGAACCUCACCAAAGAGUUCGAAAUGAUGCCGGAGAUCCACGACACCUCCCUAACCUUAAACAGGACCUUCAGGAAGGAGCCUCCGCCACCCAAAGAGGACGAGCAUUCCAACCUGGAAACCGGAAGCCAAUUCGGGGUCCCUAGAGUCAUAAACUUCACUGUAACCAACUCCUUAUUGGAGCCUGAAGAUGAGGAACUCCAAGCGGACCAACCGUCAUCAGAAGCCAAUAACACCGACGUACUGAUAUCCAGAGAGGAGGACAAAAACGGGACCAAACUGGACCAUCACGAUGACGCAGUCACGUUGCAACCACCAUCGACUACCGAAGAUCAAACCAAGAAUUACAUGAAGGUCGAAACUAGUAAUCACAAUGAUGUACCAUUGCACCCGAUCGAUCCGAGGUUGUACAUAUUAAAUGGUCAUCAUUUGGCGCAGAACAACCAGUCCGAACCUGUUCAUAAGUCGGUCGUGUCCAAGGAGGAUUUUUUGCCAAAGACUUUGAUUGGUGAGAGCAGCACGAUGAUUCUGGAUAACUACACUGAGCACCCGUUUCCCUCCGAUGAGCCCAAGAAGAUCAAUAGACACAGGAGUUUGCACGCGAGCAAACCGAGGAAGUUUUAUCCGUAUUUUUUUAGUAGAAUGUUAGGUUGAACCCCUUCCUCACUCUCUAAACUAUUUCUGUCAUUUGUGUCAAAUUAUAAUAUAUACUAUGAGCCACUCAGAUAAUUAUUAUGUACUGUGCUUGGGUCAGUGUCGUUGAUCUAUUAGAUAUACUAAUAAUUGUUAUUUUCGUAUGUGGUGAGAAUAAUCAAGAUUAAAGGGUUAGGGAACGGUUUUAGUUCAAGGGAGAAAUUACGCUGGUGGUUUAUAGUAAACUGCAUCGUUAGGCAAAAAAUAACAAUUUUAAACGGGACAGCUUAUAAAUUGUGUCGUUUUUGUAUGUAUGUAUGUGAAAUUUCAAUCAUUUUGAACAUGGUAUAUUUUACCAUAUUUCACUGCUUUGAAAAGACGUCAAGUGCCUUUAAGGCCUUCUAAAGAAUAAUGGGUUUCACUCAACUGAGUGACUUCAACUGCCUGGAAGAAAGUAAGAAUGACUUUAAUUGCCUGAAAGACUAACUGGAAAAUAAAAAGAGCAUCAGUUGAUUCAAAAGAUCUUGAGUGACUAUUGGGAAUUAUACAGGGUGUCCCAAAAGUACGGACACACCCAAAAAUCUUGGGAAAUAUGGGCGCUAGAAAAAAUCUUUAAAUACAAAAGUUUUGGGGAAUCAAUCGGUGCAUCUGAUGGUGACCUUAAACUUGACCUUCAGGGUUAUUUGAAGGUCAAAGCGAUUUUUUUAAAUAGGAACCCCUAUUUUUGACACCGGAUUCUGAAAGAGCGGAAAAUUUUACGUCCGUGCAUGAGGUUGAAGUAAUCCCAAGAGGUCAAAUAAUGACUCCUUAAAAAUCUCGCGAGUUCCGUGGUAAAAGAAAACAAAUAAAGGUCAUACCCUAGGUAAGUAUUAACGAGGAACCCAACGGUGACCUUAAAUUUGACGUUGAACCUUAUUUUUAAGGUCAUUUGAAGGUCGACCUCACUUCUUCAAAUGGAAAUCCUUGUAAAGGCUGAAAUUUGUUGAAAUAGGUUCGAAGGGGCAUACCGCGCCACGUUAGUAAAACCCCAUCUUUUAAAGUCAAAAUCUAUAUUAAAAGUUCAAACCAAAAGUAUAUAUAAUUACAUCCAUACACAUUUACACAAGUCAGCACCUUUUUAGUAUUUCACCCUUUGCUUAAUAUAAAGACCCAUUUAUUUCCUAAUAGUUUGCAAUUUAAUGUACCAAAUUAUGACAUCGUCUGGAGGUGCUAAUAAACUCUAAUAUUAUACUCGUAAUAUAGGAUAUUUUGCAAUUGUCUAAUUUUGCUCAAUAAACAUCCGUUACAUCCUUAUUAUUUGACCUCUAUUUGAUCUCUUGGGAUUACUUCAACCUCAUACCUCAAUACGUACCCGGACGUAAAAUUUUCCGCUCUUUCAGAAUCCGGUGUCAAAAAUAGGGGUUCGCAUUUAAAAAAAUUGCUUUGACCUUCAAUUAACCUUGAAGAUCAAGCUCAAGGUCAAAUUUAAGGUCACCAUUAGAUGCACCGAUUGAUUUCCCAAAACUUUUGUAUUUAAAGAUUUUUUCUAGCGCCCAUAUUUCCCAAGAUUUUUGGGUGUGUCCAUACUUUUGGGACACCCCGUAUGCAAAAAUUAGUUCAGCUGCCUGAAAACUUACUUGGAAUAUUAUUAAGAGUCUUUAGAAAAGCACAAGUAAGUUAAGCAGCUUUAAAAGAAGAUUAUAUACUAAAUAUAUAUUCUAGGCACUUAAGAGAAAGACGUUUUUUGCAUUAGCUGCCUGAAAUUAGUCAAUAGUUUUUACAGGCAUUUAAGAGAACUAGAGCUAAAGUCAGAAAGGCAUAAGAGACUUUACUUAAAUGCGCCAUUACUAAGCAAUUUCUUUAAUAAAAAUAAUAUGAAACUUACUUAUGAGCAUCGUGGACAAAUUGACUAACCAUCGAAAAAAUAGAGAGAACUUCAACAGCCUGAUAAAGUGACUUAUAAGAGUGACUUCAAUUGCCUGGAAAGAAAUUGAAAAAAAAAUAUAAUUCCUUAUGAUUUCCUAGAGAGGAAACUUUUUUAUCAAGUAGAUAAUGCGAAUAUGCCUAGAAAAAUUGAAAAUAUCCUUGUGCAAUAACUGGAAAAACCACCUUCUGUAAAAGGCUAAAGGUGACUUAACUUUACCGCUUUAAAAUGUUGUUUUUAUUUCAGGCAAUUGAAAGAUAAUAGUAUCUUAAUUCCAAGCAAUUAAAAAGGGAUUUAACCCUUUGCAAGUUGUUGAAAAUUCAAUUGUCUGCAAAAAAAUUAAUUUUUUUCAAACUGAAAGGUAAAAUUGCUUUACUGCUUGAAAACUAAAGGGAGCUUCAGUGGCCUGAAAAAAAUAGCCCUACACAUAAGAAAUGGCUAACUCGACUACCUUGAAUUGGCUUGACUUGUUUCACAAAUAAUAAGUGCGUGGAAAAAAAUUAUUAUUAUUCAAAUAUAGAGUCUACCUUCGUAUGAAAUGGUUCUCAUAUUUUUUUUUUUUACGUUUUUGUAAUACCUUAGCAAUCCUAAGCAACGCAACCUGGCCAGCUGACGGUCGAUUCAUCAUCCAAUGGUAUGUCGUCAACAAGUUUAAGUUACUUUCAACUUGUACCACAUGUGUAUGUACAUGUCUUGUACACGGGCUCCCGCACUAUAAUGCGUAAAGCAUAAUGAUGUCAUUGUUGUACAUUUACUUUAAUCUCAUUUAUGAGAUUUAACAAUAGUCUUUAAAAUAAAAAUAACUUAGUCAGUCUUAAACGAAAGCUAUUAUAACUUAAAGUGCCUGAACAUACUGGGUAACUAUCUGAAAUAUAAAGGAAACUUCAACAGUCUGAUAAAAGUGACUUUAAUUAAUUGAAGAAAACAGAAAUGACCUGAUUUGGCUUCCAAGAAUGACUUCGGUUGCCUUAAAAAGAAUUUUUAUAAAAAAGUCUGUAAUAACUGUUUAUGACUUCCUGAAAGAGAAAACUAAGAAGGAAAUAUUUUGUUUAUUCUAGGCAAUUGGAAGAUAAUAAUUUCCUAAUUCCAGGUAGUUGAGGACCCUUAAACUUAGAUUUAAACCCUUGCAAGCUGUUGAAAAUUCAAAUGCUUGGAACGAAACUAUUAUUAUUCAAAUUGUCAGAAAUAUAGAAAAAUAAAACCCAACUUAAAAAAAAAUAACUAUUUUAAUUACAAUUUAAGAUUUAAAAAUAAAAUGAACAAAAGCAAACAAAUAUAAAAGUCACCGGGAUCGACUUAAACUUUCAAUACCGAUCAAUAACUCUUAUACGGAAUGCGUGAUUGUACAGCUCCAGGUAUGUCGGUCACUUCAUACCGAUCGGGCUCCAGGACUUUGCUGAUCCUGUAAGGUCCUCGCCACUUAGACAAGAGUUUUCUGCUGGUCCCAGUAUUUGAGACGUUGUAAGUCGCAACAGCACUAAAUCAUUCUCCACAUACUGAUGUCCAGGAAUCCUCUUGGAGUCAAAUCGGCGUUUUUGCUCAGCCUGAUGAUUCUCGGCGAGUCUUAACAUUUCCGCUCGGAUAGCUGUCACAUCCAGCGGUUCCUCUUCAACCGAUAAAAUCUUGGUACCAACAACCUGUCAAUUCCAGCCACUACGGUCUCACCCAUUUUCGAGAUGCUUUCAGCCAAUGCACUCGAAGAUGUUCCAGAUGGGGAGUACCUUCUAGGGCUGCUCUUAGAGCGGUGAUGUCUAUCAUGCUGCUGACGCCUUCCGCAAGCCACCCUCGACCCAACGCCUUCUCUAAAGAGCGGCUUGAGCCUCGACGACGAUGACGUACCAGGGCUCUUUCGUCACGCCGAGAUUCGCGUUCUCGAUAUUCGCGGCGCUCAUAGUCUUCCUCGUAACUCGGCAUUUUACACCAAUGUUUUAAAUAAACUAACACGGCGCGCAAGCGUAUAAUCCCACUUCUGAUAUCAGAAAUAUAGAAAAAUACAACCCAACUUUAAAAAAAAAAUAACAAUUUUAAUUACAAUUUAAGAUUUAAAAAUAAAAUGAACAAAAGCAACCAAAAUACAAAAGUCACCGGGAUCGACUUAAACUUUCAAUAGUCAAAACCAAUUGGUCUUUCCCUUCAAUGCCCGCGUGUAUUUCCUUUUCCCAGAUUAUGCUGAGAUCGAUAUUCCCUUUCAUAAUAUACCGUUGACCUGGACCACGAUGACGACGGUACCAAGCCAGGUGCACCUAUAUACACGUGUUCCGAGACGUGAUCCUUAUUCGGCAUAUUUCUUACAAUUAAUAAUUGAAGAAAACAGAAAUGACUUGAUUUGGCUUCCAAAACAAACAUAAGAAUGACUUCGGUUGCCUUCAAAAGAAUUCUGACUCUUUAUGACUUCCUAAAAGGGAAAAAUUAAGAAGGAAAUAUUUUCUUAAUUCCAGGCAAUUGAAAGAUAAGAAUUUCUUAAUUCCAGGCAGUUGAAGACCCUUAAACUUAAUUUUAAACCCUUGCAAGCUGUUGAAAAUUCCUGUGCUUGGAAAGAAAUUUAAAUCAUUCAAAGUACCGCAGCUAAAAUUGACUUAGAGCCAAAUCGACUUACUACCAAACAAAACAACAAUGACCUCAUAAUUUUGGAAAGAAUAAUGCAAUUUUCUGUUUUGCAUUAAAAAAUUAUAAAUUAAGAAAAAAUAUUCCAGGCAGUUCAAUUAGAUAAAUUCUGAUUCUUUUUUAGGCAGUUAAAUAGUUUUUGCCGAAUAUUUAUAGUUUUGUCUUUAGGCAAUUAAAGUUGCCUCUUGUUGAAAUUCUUCAAUCUUAGUCAAUUGAAGCCAGCUAAAGAAUUAUCCCAUUUGAACCUAAUUUAUUUUAAAUAAUUAUUUAAAUCAAUUGCGAGAAAUUAACAGUUAUUCAGGUGCCAAAUUUGACGUAUCGUGUAAAACGAUUGCAACUUUUCGACUCGUCAUGUGUCAAAUAUAUGUCAUAUGUGAUAGCCAAAAGGUGUCAUCUGCAAAUAUUUGACAGUCAUUAACCAUCAAGGAAAUAUUUGCCUUUUGACUGCAAUACUGAUGAGUCACCCUACUUAAUAAACACGCAGGAAAUGAUAGCUGUAUCACAGUAAGCACCCUGUUAAUAAAGAAAUUCCUUUUAAAAGCCACUCUUUGGAAGUAUUGGUUCUCAUUCAAGAUUGCUGACCUGCCUGAGAUACUCAAUUAAAAAAAAAACGCAACAACAAUUUUUUCAAGACUUCUUGUGCCAGAAAUUAUGUUUUCUUAUAUAGUCCUAGAUCCUAGUAAAACAUAGGGGAGAAUUUUUUAGAUAAUUAUAGCCAAUACAGGUAGGAAUAACUAGUUCCCCGAUUUUAUAUUUACAUCCUUAGGAACACGUUUAGUUGUUGACAAAAAAAAAGGAAAAAAAAAACACAAAAUUGAUCUGCGUGCGGAUUUUUCGAAAUUUAUUAUAUAUUUGUUAGGGCGUAGGUUAAGUUUACAUACUAAUAAGUAUUUAUAUAAUCUAAGCUAUACACCCACACACACACCGUCCUUUGCUUAAAUCACACGAUUUUUAAAUAAAAAAUUAAUGAAUGUGCCUCUAAAUUUAAAUCGGUUUUUAAAAUGUCAUUAAAAGGCUUUGCCGGCAUUAUUUUUGUCAUAUUUGUUAGAGCGGAACAUCUUGCGCGGUGUUCUUUACACUGUUCUAGCCUAAUAUAUAUUGAGUAAUUAUUAUGUAUUUUGCACUAAAUCUGUCUUGAUGUGUACAUAUAAUACUCGUAAUAUAUACCUUAAAAGUU